UCGUGCUGCAAGUUUUAUAUACGAGGCUGACAAGUACCAUAAAACGUAAUUGUGGCGGCAAACAGCUGUAGAGUGCGUGUAUAGCUGCCAGACAGAGAGUGUUUGUGGAACCACUUGAUUAAAAGCAGCUACGAACAUGCACCCUUUAUAUGGAGAAAACCAGAACUAUUACCACUAUGCCGGAUAUCCACCUAUGGCGAUGAACUCUAUGAUACAUUCAAACAAUGGUGUCCUCCCUCAACAAGUUCUACCUGACCACUAUUCGAACCCACGGUUACGUCACUCACCUUAUCCACCUCUAACACAGCACCCAUCUCAACCCGCAGUUAAAGAUAUGGUCAAACCACCUUACUCCUACAUAGCUCUCAUUGCCAUGGCAAUUCAGAACUCCCCCGAAAAGAAGAUAACCCUAAAUGGGAUUUACCAAUUUAUAAUGAAUCGGUUUCCCUUCUACCGAGAAAACAAACAAGGCUGGCAAAACAGUAUUAGGCAUAACUUGAGCUUAAACGAGUGUUUUCUGAAAAUUCCACGGGACGACAAGAAGCCGGGAAAGGGAAGUUACUGGACUUUAGACCCGGAUAGCGUGAACAUGUUUGACAACGGCAGCUAUCUUCGAAGACGCAGAAGGUUCAAGAAGAAAAAUGCGCUUCUGGAGAGACAAGACGGUGAAGGGUCUAAGACGGCCCCGGAGAAACAGCUUAAAAGUGAGUCAGGAGGGAAAAGAGAAGAAAAUCCUGCGAAUAAAGACCCAAUACGACGAAAGAAAGGAUUAAAAGACACUCAACCAGAUCAACGUGAGCACUCAGACAAAACAAAGAACACCGUUAACUCUAACCAUAACACUUCAACCGGUGAAAACGAUACAGUGCUUAACGUAUCCGGGGCAAGGUUUCAGCUCUCCCCUGCAUCCGUCUCUCCGCCUAGUGACAUUCAUCUUUUCAAGAAGUCUCCCAAAUCCGAGCCCUUGGAAGACUUUGGCCUUCCGUCGUGUAUGCAGCAAAGAUCGAGAAACUGUGAAUACGAAACCAAAUUAAAUAACUCUUCAACUGGUUCGCCUAGUUCGACGUUACUUAGCAACACUUUGUCCGAGGACUCUUUGGACUCAACGUGCGCUGGUAACUUUACAGUGAGCACCUUAAUGUCACCUAGAGAACAGUCUCCAGUCAUCGGUUCCGUUUCCUCUGCGGAUUCUUCUCCGGGUUUGGUGAAUUCAGCGGCACAGAACGAAACCUUAAUGCUACCUUACAGUCGUAAGACCAUGUAUUCCUGCGGUGUGAUGGGUAAUUUCCCCGCCUGUAAUGGAUCCCCAUCGGCUGUCGACUACAGCUGCACGGCAUCUCCUGGAGUUUACCAGACUGAUAAUACGGGUCUCUGUCCGGCGCUCGAGAACUUAUCAAGCGCACAUGAAUCCUGCAACCAGACAGGGACAGCCACGGGUCAUUGCUUUGGGCCUAACAGCGGUUUAUUAGCCGGAAUGUCUGUUCAAGAACCCUACGCGUCUUCGGACCGAAAUAUGUCAGUUUCGAAUAGUUGGUACUCCUUAGUCCCAGUGUCUGAGUCUACGGUUUCCGCCGACCAGGCCUUUUCUUCUGAAGUCUUCUCAACCGUUAACGGAUUCUCCUGUGUCCGAGAUAUGUUCGAGUCGCAGCGGCUACUGGCUACUACAUCCUCCGUUAACCCAAGCUGUCAGAUGAACUUCACAAGCGGCAUUGGAACCUACCCAGCUAGGUCGGUAACAUCAAACUAUUAUGACUGUGGCAGGUUUUAG